AUGAAAUUAGGGCUUCAAUCCACCAUUGUUGUCUCUUCUCCUAAUGCUGCUAAGCUCUUUCUCAAAACCCAUGACCCUAUUUUUGCAAACCGGCCAGUUCCUCAAACUUCCAACCAAAUGUCUUACGACCACAAAAACAUAGCCUUUGUUCAAUUUGGGCCUUAUUGGCAAAGUAUGCGUAAAAUAUGUUCAUCUCAUUUGCUUACAUCUAGCAAAGUCAACUCUUUUUCAUCGAUUCGAAGGCAAGAACUCGGGUUAUUGAUCCAUCAUCUUAAAGAGGCGGCAAGAAAUCAUGCUAUUGUGGAUCUUAGUUCUAAAAUCUCUUCCCUUACUUUUGAUGUGAUUUGUGUAAUGUUGUUUGGGAAGAAAUUUGUUGAUAAAGAGCUUACGGCUGCAAUACGUGAGGGUACCUCGUUGUCUGGUGCUCCUAACUUGGGAGAUUUUUUUCCUUUUAUUGCCUUCCUUGAUCUUCAAGGAUUAGGUCGUCGUGCCAAAGCUGUUAACAAGGUUGUUGAUGGAUUUCUAGACAUGAUUAUUGAAGAACGUCUUGAAUUCAAGGACAAAAAUAAAACUGAGAGCAGUGAGCUUUUUGUGGAUGUUAUGUUAGAUCUCAUAAGGUCAGAAGAAAUGGAACACCAAAUUGAUCGAUCAAAUAUCAAAGCUGUAAUUUUCGACUUGAUGAUAGGAGGAGUGGAUAGUUCAAGCACCACAAUCAUUUGGGCAUUAUCAGAGAUAAUCAAGAAUCCACAAGUAAUGAAGAAAAUCCAAGAAGAGCUAAAAGAAGUAGUUGGUUUAAACAAAAUGGUAGAAGAAUCACAUUUAAACCAAUUAAAAUACUUAGACAUGACCAUAAAAGAAAGCUUAAGAAUUCAUCCAGUAAUUCCAUUAAUACCAAGAAAGUCCAUUCAAGAUUGCAAUGUAAAUGGCUACCACAUUCCUAAAAAUACAGACAUAAUAAUAAAUGAUUGGGCAAUUGGGCAAGAUCCAUGUUAUUGGAUUGAGCCUCAAAAAUUUAAUCCAGACAGAUUUGUCGAUACCCAAAUUGAUUUCAUAGGAAACAAAAACAAUUUCGAGAUGAUUCCAUUUGGAUCUGGAAGAAGAGGUUGUCCAGGAAUGCAAUUAGGAUUGGUUUUGGUUCGAAUGAUUGUGGCUCAAUUGGUGCAUUGUUUUGAUUGGGAGCUUCCAAAUGGUGUAUUGCCAAGUGAAUUGGAUAUGAGCGAAGACUUUGGGUUGAGUUGUCCUCGAGCUCAAAAUCUUAGGGUUGUACCUGUUUAUCGUGUUUGUAUUUGA